AUGGCCAACUCGCUCCUGCAAUUUGCCAAGGAGAGCGGGCUGGCUGCAUCUGGCACAGAGAGGGCAAUAUCGCAAUGUAGCGCCCUGGAUACUUUCCCUAAUGUUAGGGUGCAACAAGAGACCCGCCGCCAACCUCUUCCCCUCCUCACAGGGGCCGGGGCUUGGCCCACCCGCUGCGGAGCUUCCUCCGGGCGGGCAGGGCACUUGGCCGCUGGGUGCCGGGCUCCCUCGCCAUGCUGCCGAGCGGACGGCGCUUGCACCUGCUCUCCCCGGCGCGCGCCCUCGCCGCCCCGCACAGCUGCCUCCUACCCCCGGCACCCCGCUCCUGGACCUUGCCCCCGCUACCUGCAGGCUCGGUGCGGUUCCCUCCCAGCUUCAGCCUCUCCCCGCCCCUCCUGUACGCAGCUGGCUCUAAGCUUUAACUGCCGGGGCUUCCCUCGCCGGCUCCCGCAACACAGCUGGGGGCUGGGCUCAGCCCCGCUCCCCCCGAGAGCGGUUCCGGUGCCGCGGCUCUCCGCCUUCGUCGCUCGUCUCCCCGAGGCACUGGCUUCCUUACCUGCCCGGGGCUCUCCUUCACGCCGGCUGCAGCAGCCUUUCCCCUGGGGCCUAACGCUUGACAAGUCCAGGCUGCCAACGAGGGAGUGUCCAAGCUCGCAGUCCCGGCCCGCUGUAAAGCUCAGGUGUCCUCCCUCCGUGGAGCGGUUCCCCUCGUCAGAAUUUCAACUUCAACUUCCAGCCAUUGGAUCACGUUAUAUCUUUGUGUGCUAGAUUGAAGAGCCUAUUAUUAGAUAGUUGUUCCCCAUGUAGGUACUUAUUGUCAUCCGCGAUCCCUUGGGGUCAGGGAUGAUCUCUUUCACAGGUUUUAUUUUUCAUGGGUCCUUUGGUGACUGAAGAGUCUGAUUCUUGAGCCACAGGCUCGUUGGCAGACAUUGCAGGUGGUGUUGAAAGAUGGGAUUGGGUCACGAUUGCUGCAUGACAGUUGUCUUUCUU